AAAAAAAGAUUUGCAAAAGAAAAAUCUAUGAAGUUAGAAACUUUUAUACUAAACAGAACUUAUCGAAGGAAAAUAGCUCUUUUAUUAUAUAGAGACACUCUCAAAUAAUGCAAAGCUUUUAAAGAUGAUUAUUCUAGUUAAAUAUUACUUGAAAUAAUAUAGUAAACUUAUCGCAUUAAUAGAUAUCAAACAAAUGUUAACUUUUUAAGGGAAAAUUUUAUGAUUGGAAGGUCAGUUCUUUAGCUUUUCAAAUCAGCCAACAUUUAUAAUGAUGAAAAUUAGAUUAAAAAAAUAUUAAGAAUUGCCCACAAUUGGAGUAAUUACAUAAAGAUUUAAAAUUAAGAUAAUAAAAGAAAAUUUGAAAUAGAAUUCAAUUAGAAUGGAUUAAAAUAAUAUUUAGAAGAUGAUAGUGAAUAGGAAGAUUUUUAAAGUAUACAAAAUUUUUAAGAAAGCUCAACAUAAAAUAAUAUGAGUGAUUUAGGUAAAUUAAAUAUAUCUAAAAGAACAGCUUUCCCAUGGUAGAGAAUCCUAUAGCAGAGCAAACAGUUUUAAAACUUGGAUUUUGAUAAAUAAUUAUUUGUGCAUUAAAUUAUAGAAAAAUGUAUAGAGCCUUAAAUAACGAAUAAGAGAUAUAGAAAUUUAGCUGAGUAUAUUGAUGAUAGAAGAUCUGAAAAUACAGAGUCUAGAGUAGAUUAUAGAGAUUAAUUUGAGGAGAGAGAACUCAUCAUAAAGAUAUAGGAUACUAAUAAAGCCUAUUAAAACUACUUAGGAUAAAUCUUUCAUUUAGAAAAAUAUAAGUAGCCCCUAUUAAAAUAAAAUAACUCUAACUCUGAGGUCUACUAAUUAUUUAGUAACUUUGAUUUUAUUUUGCCAUUUUAAUUUCCAACUGAAAUUGAAGGUAGUUAAAAAGAUAUAAAAUUUAAAUAAAAAUGA